CUUCAGGAUUAAAUUAUGAAACUUAAUCACACUGUAGUGACAGAGUUCAUCCUUGUGGGAUUCAUGGACCACCCAGAAUUCCAAGUUGCCCUUUUUACCAUGUUUCUUAUAAUCUACAUUUUUACAUUAGUGGGAAAUCUUGGAAUAAUCCUAUUGAUCAAGAUUGACAGGCAGCUUCACUCACCCAUGUAUUUUUUUUUAAGCAACCUAUCACUUGUGGAUGUUGGUUAUUCUACUGCCAUUGCUCCAAAGAUGCUGAUGACCUUUAUAUCAGAGAACAAAGUAAUUUCAUUCACAGGAUGCACAAUGCAAUUCUUUUUCUUCUGUGUCUUCGUAACCACCGAAGGAACUCUGCUUGCUGUGAUGGCUUAUGAUCGUUUUACAGCCAUCUGCAACCCAUUACUCUAUAUGAUUGUGAUGACCCCCAAACUAUGUAUAACAUUGCUGGUCAGUGCAUAUAUGUGUGGCUUUUUCAAUUCAAUUGUUCAUACAGUUUUGAUAUUCAGACUAUCCUUUUGCAACUCAAAUAUCAUCAAUCAUUUUUUCUGUGACACACCUCCAAUUCUCAAGUUGUCCUGUUCAGACACUCAUAUUACUGACAUUGUGCAUUUCAUCCUGUCCACCAUAAUUGCAAUUGGUACUUUUCUGAUCAUCUUGGUCUCAUACAUAUACAUUGUCUCUGCAAUCAUGAGGAUCAAAUCUACUCAAGGCAGAUGCAAAGCCUUCUCAACCUGUGCCUCACACCUGACAGCUGUCACAGUCUUAUACGGAACCCUCUUCUUUAUAUAUUUGCGACCAAGUUCCAGUUUCUCAAUGGACCAAGACAAAGUUGUUUCUGUGUUUUAUGCUCUUGUGAUUCCAAUGCUGAACCCAUUAAUCUAUAGCCUGAGGAAUGAAGAUGUGAAGGAUGCCUUUAUAAAAGCAGUAAAUAGAGUAGCAUUAUUGGGAUAG